GGGUGUGAUUGUUAUUAUAGGUUAGGAAUUUAGUAUGUUUUAAUCUUUUAGCUUUUAAUUUUUAAAUUCUACGCUUUCCUCUUGGUUCGUGUCCCAUCCAAUCAUUUGAAUUUUUUCCCAUACUAACAUAAAAAUUCUAGCGUGCACUUACUUCCUCAACCUACCUCAUCAAUGACAGUGAAUUGUUUUUUUGUGGAAUUGUUAACUUCGGAUCGUGUCCAAAGGCACUUGUAAGCAAAAAGAACAUCACAGCCCUCUGUUCAAGAAGUUUAAUCAGAGGCAAUCUGACUCCAACCAAUUUCAAAGCACUUAAUAUUGUGCGGGCUUAAGUAACACUUAAGUCACGCAGUGACGGAAUUGUUCAGUUUUAAUCCUCGCCUGUUCCACCCACGAUGACUUCUUUUGGAGCUCAAGACGGAGAGCAUGGCGGAGAGGUGAUGGGCUCCAUGUCCGAGGCAGAAAUGUAUGACUUUAUCUUAUGCGGUCAUGACAAGUGGGGCGAUCGUUUUGCUCAUGUCACUUUUGACUCAAUUGAAAUUCCAAUCCCAGAGAACAUUCUCUUAUACCUGCGAGAAGACGGGCUCAUUCUGCCUAAAGAGGCCAACUAUCCAGAGGCCAGUUUCUGUGACACCAGUUUUGAGCAUGCAGAUUAUGAUGGUGUUGACUGGCUCUCAGCAGCUGAAGACACUCCAGAACUAGAGCAACCCUCAUUUCCAGCCUUCUGUGAAUGUCUCCAGCGGCGUAUGAAGGAACUAGGUGGUGAUGUCUUUGUCAAACUGAAUUGGCAUGCACCAACCGAUGCAGCCUGGAUAACAUCAAGUAAAACACUGAAGUGCAAAAAUAUAGAGGAUGUAUUUCUGUUGCUCAAAGCCUCCAGUCGUGUCUGUAGUGAUGUUUGUUUCUCUGCCGAGGAUGACUCUGAAACUUUUGGGAAGAUGAAGUAUGUUUUGGUCCUCAAGAAAUGGAUGGAUAUGCAUGCUGGAACAGAGUUUCGUUGUUUUGUCAUCAAUAAUCGACUGUAUGGUAUAACUCAACGAGACUGCAUUGAUUUUCACAAGCACCUUCUCAGUUCCAAAAUGGAUAUCCUCAGGGAGGUCUGCACUUUUUUUGAGCAGAAUAUCAAGAACAAAUUUGAGUUGGAUAACUAUGUAUUCGACGUUGUUCGUGUCGGAGGUAACAAAUCUGACAUAUUUUUAGUCGACUUCAAUCCGUUUAAUGAGAAGCUUACCAAGUCUUACUUGUUUUCCUGGGAAGAGCUGAAGAAUGUUCUGGAAGGUUCGGAGGAUUUUGAGGAGCCAGAAUUCCGAUUUAUCAGUGAAAGCACUGGAAUUCAACCCAACUUCUCCCAGCACUUUGGUCUCCCCUUAGAACUCAAAGAUAGAUCAAAUGCUGAAUAUAUUUUAAAUGAAUUUGGAAACAGCAAUCGAAACGAAGGAGAUGACAAUGACAUCGAGGAAGUGAGUGACGAAGUCAGUUCCUUAUCUGGUCCUGAUUCCUUCUCUGAAAGUGACUCAAAUCCAGCGUGAAACAGCACGAAUGAUUUUAAAGAGAGGAAACAGGACUGAGUAUGGAAUUGGCAAUCCAGCCAAGUAGACCCUUUGUAGGUAAGUAUUUCAGGCUCCUCAAAGCAAUUGUCCAAGGACAUCACUUUUUUCUAUCUGUUCAUAAUGCGGUUCUUGAGAGAAUGGUUAUAGAAAGUAAAGUUUGAGCUUUAAAAGUUAAAAUUUGUUUGUUGUCGUGACAGUGGCAAUGUGACGCUGUUCGAUAAACGUUUUUCCUAUUGACCUGCUCAUGUGCCUCCGGUAAAAGUGUGCCUAAUACAAGCGCUAAAAACUUAACUUUCCACCAACUUUUUCAAAAGUGGCAUCUUGAACAGCAAGGAAAAGUAAUUCCCCGGACCUCUAAUUUUCAAAUAGCAACCUAUUAAAAAUUACGUUAAUUGAAUGUUGGAUAGUUUCCGUACGAAUACUGGAGAAUUAUCAGAACAUUUUAUCCGUUAAUCUUUAAGUUUUGAGAACCAGUGUAACAAGAUGAAGCAGAAUUGUUUUGUUAAGAUUUUGCAUUAAAAAAAAGGUUUCUCUUUUUUUUAUCAUUGUUUCAAGUAUUCUUUCUGUGUUCAAUAUUUUUCGAAGGGAAGAAAAAUGAAAUUCCACGAUGAAGACGGCUCAAUCAAGAUAUUUUUUGUAAUAAAUCAUAUUCAGAAGUAUUUAAUUCAAAUAUUAGGUACAUUAGACCAGAUGUAGGACAUUAAAGGCUGGUAUCAGACCCUGUAUUCAAAUGUAAAAUACUUAUGUCGAGAAUGUUCCAAAAUCUUAACAGUUUAUAGAUAUAACUCACCCUGUCAUAACGGCUGUGGAAAAGUUUGGAAUUUACAUGCAUUUUCUUAACUUAAGGUCGUGUGAUGCCCCCGUGAAACUUGAGUUGCGCCAAACACAGGUGAAGCUAAUUAGUGGCUGCCACCCAUGGCUGAUGAACGUAUACCAAAUCGAUGGCCAAGGUACGAAACAAAUUUUAUUUAAUGCAGUGUUUUAAAAUUUCCGCUCCUCUUUAUUUAUUUAAAGAGAAAAAAGUCAACUUCAUAGCUUGAAAUUUGCGCAGCAUAUCUGCAAAGAGAGAAAAAAAUCAGGGAAGUUUGAAAGAAAUUACGUUUACUACUUGUCGUUUUCCAAAGAAAAAAAUAAAGUACGACGAGAAGUCUGCAAUGUCACAAACGGAGUUAGGUGGUCUCGCAGUUUGGCCAUUGAUUUGUCAACCAUGUAAUCUUUAGUUUCAUUAUUUGUGUUUUAAUGAAUGAAUACUUUAGUCCAUUUAUGAUUUAUGCAUUUGCUUUUAAAGACAUUUACUCUAAUCCUGACCGUAAAGAAAGGAUGCACGAAAAAUCUUUAAAGACAACUAAAACUCUGAAGUCUUAGGGAUAAAAUGACUUGGGGCAAAAGUUAAAAGCACAUUUGUUGUCAUAUAAAGAAAUUUUCUGCAUUGUUAUCACAACAGAAAUAUGAAAUCAAUUUAAAGGGGAAAAAAAUAAGUUUUAGGAGUCUGCAGUCUGUUUUGUUUUCUAAUUAUUUUACUUUAUUAUUAAAAAAAGCCAAGCCGAUUUUUAGGUGUCCCUUGUUAUCUCCAUUCAUGAAAGAAACUUCAUGGAAAAAGGUAGGAUGAUGUCAGCGGGAAAUCUUGUUAAUGAUGCCAUCAUGACUUUUCUGAUUAUUUCACUGAUGGACCUUUUGUUGAGCUCAUUAAGGUGUUUUCUGAUGCGAUCAUCAACAGAUGUUUUUGAUGACGUCAUCAAUAUACGUUUCCAACAACGUUUUCUGUGGUCAAUUCAUGGACCAAUUAAAAAUAGUGGAAUAGAAUAAAAGACAUCAGAAUGAUUUGCUUUUCUCAGAAUCCUACACCGAUGAAAAUUACUAAAUUAUGAAUGAUUUAUUACCGACUAAAUUUUCUAGUCAUUCAUUCAGUCUGAUAACAUCAUGGCUAAAUCAAAAGGGCCCUUGUUCUUAUAACUGCAAUUCUGAAAGCCGGUCUUUUCAGUUUUUCAUCAGGAACAAAGUAUGUAAAAAAAAAUAUGUAAUUAACUCAAUAGCUAACUUGAUAAUAAGUCCCGAUUAUAUGUGAUCAAAGUGUGGCAGUGCAGACCAUGCAUUUUUAUUCAUCAAUAUACUUUGUUUUUUUUUUAAUCUAUAUUUAUAAUACUAGUUUUAACAUGUUAAACUCUUGUUUUUUCAAUGUUUUGCAAGAGUUUUGUUGUUAUUUGUAUGGAGUUAGUCUAAGAAUAUUCACUGUCUAUUUUAAAAUGUCCCCAGUCCAUUCUUUGUUUUGACAAAAAAAUAAAAUCGAAGCUUGAAUUUA